AUGAGGAGUUUUAAGCCAAGGAUCAACAGGCCUGUGGCUACAGAUUUACUGCACUCGUCCUCGGAAGAGGAAAAGAAAAAACGUGAAACGAAAUGGCUAGUUCAAAGACCAAAUUCCUAUAUUAUGGAUGUAAAAUGUCCAGGUUGCUCCAAGAUUAUCACGGUUCUCAGCCAUGCUCAGACUGUGGCUCUCUGUGGAGGCCGUUCAGCAGUGUCGUGCCAGCCCACAGGAGGAAAGGCCAGACUCACAGAGGGGUGUUCAUUUAGAAGAAAGCAACACUAAUGAUCCACACAACCUCUUGAAUUUGUGUUAAGUCACAGAAAGCCUUAUUAGUUCAGUAAUUCCAGUUAAUCUAC